CAACAAUGGCUCACACCCGUGGGCAAGGCGCCCGACCCGAGGGCUUUGCAGUGUAUCAACCACCAAAACAGACCACGAGCGCGAAGCGACGCCGCGAAGAUGACGCGGCCGAAAGCGAGUCGAAGCGACAGCGAAAAGCUAUCACACCAGAACAACCUCGCUCUCGCGGCACCUUCAUGUUCUCUACCACACGAAACCGAAGCCUUCUAACCUCCGCUCCCCCCAAACUCUCCCACCGACGCGAAUCACCAUUCACGAGACGAGUCAUCUCGCCAGUCGAAAGACCAAAUACCACCCCCAAGUCCUCAGAAAGAACUGACGAGAGCUACGAAAGAGCCAGGCAGCCAGAAACACCUACACAAGUUCCAGCGCGAGCAGGCGGUCUUUUUGGCAGUGUGAAGAAAAUCUUUGGCUACUUCACUGGCGCCCAGGGUGAGGCAGAACAACAACCGCAACAACAACAACGCGGCAGUCCCAGAGAAGACGCGCAACGUCAACAAACGCCGAUUCAAGAACCGGCCGAACCACAAAGCCCUACCCCCUCACCACGCACUCCUGAACCUGAAUCUCCUACUCCACAACCAGAAAUACUGGAUAGCAGGAUCUUCACAAGAGAACACUUCAAACGCCGACGAAUGGCGAACACAAUUGCAGGUCGUGAACAGCUCGCAGCUAUGCGCAACAACAAUAACGAGGCGGACUCGCAAUUUAAUCCUGUCGAAACAUCAGGCACUAGCAAACGCAAAUUGGCAUCUGUCAAUGGCGCGAUACCUCCACCCAGAAGAGGUGGCUUUGGUAUCGAUGACAGUUACCUGGACCAAGACCAGGAGGUCGAAGGACUUGAAGAUACACAACUCCAAAAUGGCCAACCAUCCACCCCAGCGAACAGAAUGGAACCCCAGACUCCUCUGCGCUCGGCAUUGCGGCCGAACGGCUUCGGCACUCUCGGACGAUCUGCUAAAUCGGUGCGCAUCAGUUCCCAAACCUCAGUCAAACAUGUCUACGGAACAUAUGGUCGUUCUGGGCAGUACCAUGGCAGCAUGUUCUCUGACCCGUCGGAGAAAUCAGACAAAUCAGAAAAAUCAGACAGCUCUCUGUCUAGUAUCUCGGCCAGAGAAGUGAGCGGCAUGCACUCUCCUACUACUAUUGAGAACACGCAGAACAACAAGACUCCCAAGUUCCGACUUGACACCAGUGUUUUCGAUCCGAACGACGACAGCUGGCGGCCAUCCCUCGCGAAUCCUUCUCCCGGUCAUUUCCGUGUUCCAGAUCUCGACGAAUACAUGGAUGACGAAGACACAGUCACACUUGAUCAAGAAACAGAAGAUGUUCCUCCACAACCUAGCACACCUCGGAUGUCGCACGCAGAGCUUCCCGGAGCUGCACCAGCUACGCCAUCAUCGACCUCUCAAAACGACAGUGGGAUGGGCGAAACAGCCGAGAGCCGCUUGGAGAAGGCAAGAUCCGAUGCGCAGAAAUACAAGCCAGCACGUUCAUCACGCCUCUCUCUCACCGAACAAGCGCGAUCACGAUCCUCCUCACCACCUGGAGAAGAUAGCACCUUCCGAGAAUCACAGAUUGAGGUAUCAACCACACCUCCAAUCCGAGAUAGGACGCAUGCGGAUACUCCUACACAAACAACCUUAUCACCAACCCCGACACCAGUUGCACGCAAACCGUUAGACAACACUGUUGUUGGAGAAGAUGGAAUGACAGACUAUGAGAGAGAACAUCAAUACGAUGAAUGGGCAGCGAACCUUGACUGGCUUGAACCACAAACCUAUGUUGAAGCCGGCAUCGCCUCGUCUUAUAUUGACGAUCUUGUCCGAAAGAACUGGACUGAACGAGACUCUCAAGAGUCGCGCGAGUUUUGGAAUCGUGAAUUCGAUGCAGGAUUGGAGGCAGCAAGGAAAGCUGAAGCUGAGGGAAGAGAACUUGUUUGGAUUACUGAUCCCGAGGAGAUGAUGGAUGCGUGAAGGACUUAAUGGACGUCCAAUACCUGGAAGCAUAGGUCCACAGAGGCCAUCCAGGUCGAUACUGUAUGAUUAUGGAGAUAUUUGUCAGAAGGGUGGUGCGUCUGAAGCCACGUCGAGCUCAUUGUGUGUCUCCGUGGCUGAUGUCGUUACCAAGCCGGUGCUGAUUGGAAUGCUUUGAGCUGCCUAUGCCAUGUUGAGCUCCCGUGUGUCUCCAUGGUGGACGUUAUUGCCGAGGCCAGUGCUGGCUGGAUUGAAGUGCUUUAUGCUGCUUGUAUCAUGUUGAGCUCUUGAUGUGUCUCCAUGGUCAAGUGCAGUGGGUUCGAGCUCUCGUGUGUCCUCACCCUGACUCUCAAACAGAAGAGAAUUAUGUCUAGUGUAUUCUAG